UACCUCUGUUACAAUCAUACCGACUAGAUCGUAGGUGUGUAACAUCGGACUGCUGCAUGCUUCGGUUUAAUUGUAUCCGACUCGAUUAAUUUCUGAAUGUACUUGAAACGACUCAAUAUUUUCUGAGUAGGUAACUGAGAAAAAAACAGUUCCAUGUAUGAUGAUUCUCUCCCACGUCAUCUCAUUUAAAUGUAAAGUAUUUUACAAAGACACACCCCAACCAAUGCCCAUGUCAGAAAGGAAUAUAGGCUGCAUCCUUUGUGGGAAAAGGUGAUACGCUCCGAGACACAGAGUGCAACAAGAUGAAGGCCCUCCUCGCAACGUUGACCAUUUUCGCGGCUGCCUUGAUGCCCUUUGCCCACAGCGCUAAUACAGAAAUUCCUUGGUGCUAUCAUUUAAGUUCCUGCAAUGAAAGUGUUUGGGUCUCAAAGCCAUAUGGCUCAUGCAACAGAACCCGACAGUCACCUAUAAACAUUGAGACGGCAAAGGUGAAGGAGAAUGCCAAUUUGACUGCUUUCACCUUCAAUGGCUUCAGCAAUAACAACACUAUGACGGAGAUUACAAACACUGGAGAUACAGUGAAGGUGAAUCUGGGUAAAGACCUUGUGUCAGUUUCUGGCGGGGGGCUAUCCACCAGCUAUACGGCUCUGCAGUUCCAUUUGCACUGGGGCAAUGGUACCAGCAACCCAGGGUCUGAGCACACUGUCAAUAAUAAGAGGUACCCCAUGGAGCUUCACAUAGUGACUAUUAAAUCUGAAUUCAACGGCAGCACCUCCCUGGCAACGAAAGACCCUGAAGGAGCCGCAGCUCUAGGAUUCUUUAUUGAGGAAGGAGAUGGCAGUGGACAACCUGCAGUUUGGAAAACCCUGACCAAGUAUCUGGCUAACAUCACAAAUAAGGGUGACCAUGUAAAUAUCACAGAGCAUAUCUCACUCGAUGACCUUCUGAAAGGAGUGGACCGUACAAAGUACUAUCGGUACUUGGGGUCCCUGACCACACCGAAUUGUGACGAGGUUGUGGUAUGGACUCUAUUCAAGGAUCCAAUCCGAGUGAGCAAAGAUUUGAUUGAUCUCUUCCCAAGCGUCUAUUUCAACACUUCCACCAACUCUCCUCCAAUGACCAACGUCUAUCGAAACACUGUGGAUAUCAAUAACAGAACGGUGAUGACCCAGGUUACCGUUACCUCUGCUGGAUCAAAACCUUACGGCACACUUGGCCUCCUCUCUUCCCUAGCCAUGUUUCCUCUGCUUUACAGGAAAUAGAGGGACUCAACUGUGUCAGUGCGCACACGUAUACACACACACACAUAUAUACAUUCACACACAUGGACGCACACACAUGCACCCACGCACACACACAAAACCAUUACAGGCUUUGGGAAACAUUUGAGUGUGUCCAGUUGGCUGGAACCCUGCUCUACCUGGCAAAAAAGGUGCCCUGUUCCUGCUCCAAGCUGUGGUCGACAUGAGUGAAAAAUGACCCAAAGUGUUUAUUUUCUUUAUCUGUGUAAUUAAUAUGUUUAAUCAUUCAAUAUUACAUGAAUUCCUCAAGUAACUUGUUUUUGAUGAUUACAAGUCUUAUAUUUUGGAUAAAAACAAUUAUUACCCUUAGUUUACAUGAUCUGUGUCAAAAACGCUAAAAUGACCUAUUAAUUUCUAUAGUAUUUCAUGUAUGUCUGAGUGUUUCUUUGCUAUGUCUUUGAAAAGAAUUGACUUCAUCAUUUAAUAUUACAAAUAUUCAAUAGACACGUGGGCCAGAUUUACUAAGCCUUUUGUGACUAUUUUCAGAUGCAGAUAUGACAUGUCGUAUGCAUUAGAACCAUGCAUCUUAUGUAUCAAAGAGGCGCGCAGGGCUGGAAGCGCUGUAUGCAUGUGAUCUAUGUGAGUGACUGCGAGGUGCGCUUCUCUGCAUAUGCAUUGAAUUGAGGAUCAUGAAAAUAAUGGAUGGAGAUAUUACAAGUGUGGCUGGUUAUGUAUUGCGUUAAUUUUAUUAAAGUUCGCACAAUUAAUGAGGGUCGGUUUUUGCGGGAAAUUUCUCUGCCUCUAAAGAGCAGUUAUAAAUCAGCACGCAACUAAAGCAGAAUCACAGGUGUAGUCCUCAUAGAUGCACUGAGAGAAUCUUUACAACAAGAAUCUCAUUAUUUCAACUUCCUGAGCACAAAAUCAUCAAACAGUGCAGGUUAUUAAUAUGAAUUAUUAUUAGCAUAAAGGCAGAGUGUUUGUCAUGGGAAAUAUUGGCUAAAGUCACAGCAGUCAUGGCUAAAUUGUUAAGAAUCACAGAAAACUGAAAAAAGGCAGAAAUAACAGUGUUUAAUUAGCUGUGGCCUUAGUAAAUAAGAUGUAAAUUUCUGGCAGACUGCAAAAGCACCAGCAGUUCCUCAUCAGCCCACAAUUUGUGCCUUAAGUUUUUUAAUAUGUAAAUCUGGCCCAGUGUGCUUUAGAUAAUAAAAAAAAAAACCUUAUUUAAAUGUUUCCUUUCUUGCUUUCUGAAUAAAAAUAUUUAGUGGGAAAA